GCUCGAUCUGUUGGUCUGGAGCUGGUUCCGUCCUCCCGGGGCCCGGGAAGGGACUGGGGGCCCCAGGGAGGGGCCUGGGGCGACCCUCCCGCCCUCUCGCCCCUUCCCUCGAGGGCAUGAGGCCCGGGCUGUGACCCCCGCGGGAGGGGGCUGGGGGGUCCAUGCUCGCAGCCUCCGCUCCGCCGGGCGCGGGCCACUGACGGCGGCGGGGGCGGGGGGCCGGGCACCCAGCCUCCUGCCCCACCCCCUGGCGUCCGCGCCGCGGGCCAUCGGGGACCCCUGGCUGCGCCCUCCCCGCGGGCCAGGCCCUGGAGGGACCCGGGAGCUGCCGCCGGCAUCAGCCCAUGGCCCGGAGGUACGAUGAGCUGCCCCACUACCCAGGCAUCGUGGACGGCACUGCAACCCUGGCUGGCUUCUCGGAGGCAGUGCCUCCCGCACCUGGAGCCCCUGGGCCCUUCGGCCCCCACCGGCCUCCCCCGGGCCUGGACAGUGAUGGCCUGAAGCAGGAGAAGGAUGAGAUCUACGGACACCCGCUCUUCCCGCUGCUGGCCCUGGUCUUUGAGAAAUGUGAAUUGGCCACCUGCUCCCCCCGUGAUGGGGCCGGGGCUGGGCCGGGCACACCCCUGGGCGGUGACGUCUGCUCCUCCGAUUCCUUCAAUGAGGACAUUGCGGCCUUUGCCAAGCAGGUCCGCUCCGAGAGGCCCCUCUUCUCCUCCAACCCAGAGCUGGACAAUCUGAUGAUACAGGCCAUCCAGGUGCUCAGGUUCCACCUGCUGGAGCUGGAGAAGGUCCACGACCUGUGCGACAACUUCUGUCACCGCUACAUCACCUGCCUCAAGGGAAAGAUGCCCAUCGACCUGGUCAUCGAGGAUCGGGACGGCGGCUGCAGGGAGGACCUCGAGGACUACCCGGCCUCCUGCCCCAGCCUCCCGGACCAGAAUCACACCUGGCUUAGGGACCAUGAGGACGGCGGGUCUGCGCAUCUGGGGACCCCGGGGCCGUCCAGCGGGGGCCUGGCCUCCCAGAGUGGGGACAACUCCAGUGAUCCAGGAGACGGACUAGACACCAGCGUGGCCUCCCCCAGCUCUGGGGGGGAGGACGAGGAGCUGGACCCCGAGCGGCGGCGGAACAAGAAAAGGGGCAUCUUCCCCAAGGUGGCCACCAACAUCAUGAGAGCCUGGUUGUUCCAGCACCUCUCGCACCCGUACCCCUCGGAGGAACAGAAGAAACAGCUGGCGCAGGACACGGGGCUCACCAUCCUGCAAGUCAACAACUGGUUCAUUAACGCCCGGAGACGCAUCGUGCAACCAAUGAUAGACCAAUCCAACCGCACAGGGCAGGGUGCAGCCUUCAGCCCAGAGGGCCAGCCCAUGGCGGGCUACACAGAAACACAGCCACACAUGACUGGCAGGCCACCAGGAUCUAUGGGGAUGAGUGUGAACUUGGAAGGAGAGUGGCAUUAUCUGUAGAGCCAGGAUUCGGGAGAAGUACUCCAGCUUCUGAACUGUGACCACCAGGCUAACACCUGGUUCCGGUCCCCACCUCUGGCGUCAGGACCCCAUCUCCUACGGCCCUCCCACUGAACGCCUACCUCCCUGGGGCCCCGCCAGGACACGGGGGGCCUGAGCACCUGCUGGGGGGUCUCUCAAGGACAAAGACGAAGCCUCUAGGCUCUGCGCCCCACUUCUGCCCUCACCGCUGCCAGGAACCUGAGCUGAGAUCUGGGUCCUCAGAAGAGGGUGGCUGGGGUCCCCCACCUCCAGGACAGAUGGAAUUGGGGGUGGGCGGGGGCCGUCAGGGGAGGAGGGUCACCUGGAUCCGAUAUUUGGGGAGGUUCCCUUCAUCCUCCCAGCCCACCCCCCUCCUGUCUCCUCCUACCUCCCUUCUCUAAUGUCUUCUACUUUUUUUUUUAAUGAUAAAGUCUUAAAAACAAA